CUCUGAUCGUCAGUCACACACAGCGAUGCUGCUCGAAUUUAUUGCCUUGUUUAUUGUGGCCUUGGCCUUGGCUUAUCGUUGGUCUGUAUCCAAGUAUGGUUUCUUUAAGGAACGCGGAUUGCCAUUUGCCAAGCCUGUGCCAUAUUUCGGAAACAUGGCUAAAAUGUUCUUCCGUAAACAAUCGAUGUUUGAUGUAAUUGUUGAUCUAUAUCAUAAAGGCGGUAACAACAAGGUCUAUGGUAUCUUUGAGCAGCGACAGCCACUGUUAAUGUUGCGCGAUCCGGAGCUCAUCAAGAAUGUCACUAUUAAGGAUUUCGAUCAUUUCAUUAAUCAUCGAGAUGUGUUUAGCACCGGAGAAGAUGAUCCGCAUGACAUGAACAAUCUGUUUGGUAGUUCGCUGUUCUCCAUGCGUGAUGCACGUUGGAAGGAUAUGCGCAGCACCCUCAGCCCCGCCUUUACAGGCAGUAAGAUGCGUCAAAUGUUUCAGCUGAUGAAUCAAGUGGCUAAAGAAGCCGGUGGUUGCUUGAAGCGGGACGCCGUUGAUGGUGGCUUGGAGCUGGAUAUGAAGGACUAUUGUACACGCUUCACCAACGAUGUGAUUGCUUCAACUGCCUUUGGUUUGCAAGUAAAUUCAUUUACUGAGCGCGAAAAUACAUUCUAUAUGGCGGGCAAGAAGUUAACUACAUUCACGUUUGCGCAAAAUUUGAAAUUCUUGAUAUUCUUCAGUCUGAAAUGGUUGAACAAGUAUCUAAAAAUUGAUCUCUUCGAUAAGAAAAGCACACAAUACUUUGUGCGCUUGGUAUUGGAUGCCAUGAAGUAUCGCCAAGAGCAUAACAUCAUACGUCCAGAUAUGAUCAACAUGCUAAUGGAGGCUCGCGGCCUGCUCCAGACGGACAAGACCAAAACCGCACCAGUACGCGAAUGGAGUGAUCGUGAUAUUGUGGCCCAGUGCUUUGUCUUCUUCUUUGCUGGCUUUGAGACAUCCGCCGUGCUGAUGUGUUUCACUGCUCACGAGAUAAUGGAGAAUGAGGAUGUGCAGGAGAAGCUGUACGAGGAGGUGCGACAAGUCACCGCGGAUUUAGGUGAUGGUGAAUUGACUUAUGAGGCCUUGGUGGGCAUGAAGUAUUUGGAUCAGGUGGUUUCCGAGUCACUAAGAAAGUGGCCAGCGGCCAUUGCAGUAGACCGAGAAUGCAACAAGGAUAUUACAUAUGAUGUGGAUGGCCAGAAAGUUGAGAUUAAAAAGGGCGACAUAAUUUGGCUGCCCACCUGCGGUUUUCAUCGCGAUCCCAAAUACUUUGAGAACCCCAAGAAAUUCGAUCCCGAACGUUUCAGUGAGGAAAAUAAAGAUAAAAUACAGCCAUUUACAUAUUAUCCUUUUGGUCUAGGACAACGCAAUUGUAUAGGUUCCCGUUUUGCUCUCUUGGAAGCUAAAGCUAUGAUAUAUUACAUCUUAAGAGAUUAUCGCAUUGCCCCAGCAAAGAAAUCCUCAAUUCCCUUGGAAUUGUCUUCAUCGGGCUUCCAACUGGUCCCUAAAGAUGGAUUUUGGCUUAAAUUGAUACCACGAAAUUAAAUCGAUCAAAUUUAUCAAAUAUUAUUUUAAACUAAGAGCAUUAUAAGCAGUGCAAUAUUAUUAUGAUAAUUAUAAUUGA